UCACUGUUCCGGAAGUCAUUAUUGGACUUCCUUUUUAAAUUUUAUCUACACGUUUGGACAUCAUUAAGGACGUCCGUCUCCAAACCAAACAUGGCAUCGGAUACGGAAGGAGAUGAUGUUCCCAUGGCAGCAGGAGGAAGUAUGGAUAUAUAUACAGCCCUACAGGAAGUUCUCAAAACAUCUUUAAUCCACGAUGGCUUAGCAAGAGGCCUUCAUGAGUGUGCCAAGGCACUUGACAAACGUCAAGCUCAUCUUUGCAUCUUGGCCAACAACUGUGAUGAACCAGCAUAUGUGAAGUUAGUUGAGGCACUCUGUACAGAACAUGGCAUUAAUCUAUUGAAGAUAGAUGACAGCAAGAAACUAGGAGAAUGGGCUGGACUAUGCAAAAUUGAUAGAGAAGGAAAGGCCAGGAAAGUUGUUGGCUGUAGCUGUGUAGUUGUUAAAGAUUAUGGAAAAGAAUCACAGGCUCUGGAUGUUCUUCAUGAAUACUUCAGAUCAAAGAAAUAAACUUUCAAAUAAAAUGUGAAGUUUUGAGAGGAAGAAA